UUCUGAUUGUCUCACCUCUUGAAAGUGACAGUGCACCAUCUGAUUGCUGUUUGAAGAUUCCAAGUAAAUGUCAUUUCCUGUGCGGGGUCGGGAGUGUAGGCUUUUGGUCACUAACCAAAUGGAAGUGUAAGAUGAAUUACUAUCCGACAGUUGUGAAAUGCAAGUUCAUAAGUGGAAUAGACUAUGUCAAAGUGUUUGGCAGGAGUCUGACACAGAACAUUAAGAAUGGUUUUGACAAGCUGUCGACAGAAAUCAAGAAAAAGUUGGUAGAUGCAAAAGAGUUUGCCAAAGCUACAGUCAAUGAACUAAUGCAGGUCCCACAGGAUGUUCUCUGCAGUCUUAAGGAUUCCAUCUCUGGUAUGACGUCCAAGCAAUUCAGGGGUCUAGUGAAUCGAUUCACCAAAUUCACUGCACAGAAUCUCAAGAAACUUCUCUCCAGUAUCAACCCACAAGCAUUUUUUGACAGUAUUGAUGAACUAAUGGGCAAAGAGUGGGAUGCUGAACAGCUUUCUGCUUUACUGAAAGCUGCGUUCAAGAAGUUUGGAGAGGACAUAAGAACCUGGGGAAAAGAGGCGUUUGCUAGUUUGAAACAGUUGAUUGCUGGGAUAGACUCGGGGGAGCUGAUGCAGAUGACUUCUGAGGGCUUCGAGGAAACAACCAACUUUCUUUGUACUGCCAAACUGAACGAUGACCAGAAGCAGGCUCUCCUCGUUCCCGCCAAAGCCGUGUAUGGUGACGUGUCGAACUGGGAUGAUGUUGUACUAACCAAGCUGUGUGGUGUGCUUCGUGCUCUGCCGGUAGAAGAAGUCCUUCAGUUGACUCAAAAAGUUGUUGCAACAGUGAUUGACCGCAUUGCUAGUGCAGCCGAGUUCAGCUACCCACAGGGGAGGGCACUGUUGGAGAAAGUCAAGAAAGAAAUAGGCACAGACAUAUCGAAAUGGUCAGCGGAGAACGUUAAGAAGGUUGGAAAGCUGCUGAAGGACUUGGAUGUGCAAGACUUGAAGAAGUUGCUGAGCCAGCAGUUUAAGGACCUAGCUGAUAAAUUAGGUGAUGUCGACUGGUCCCCAGGUCGUGCGCGGGAGUUAGCAAAGAAAGCAAUCGAGGCUCUUGGGGAGCCUGGUAAGUGGUCAGCGGAAGAUCUGAAGAAGUUGAAGAGCGUUGCUGGUGGGAUGUUACCGUCUGAGCUAAAACAACUAGUCAACAAAGUGCUGAAGGAUGCCCUUAAAACAUUCAAAAAAGUCGAGCUAGAAAUCGAUCAGGUAACAUUUAUUUAUAGAUUAUUACAAAUUAUCAAUCAGCUGCAGAACGUAGAUGGAGAUGACUUGAUUUCCCUGGCAAAAGCUCUGGAUGGAUUCCUUGCUUCAGACAUUGGUCAGAUGACACAAGUAGCCGUGUUUAUUGCCUUUCCUGAACUAAAAGUGGCUAAAGAGAUCGCUAUGCCAAUACGGAGAGAGCUUAUUAAGAUGGCCGAGAAAGAUGCCUCUGGGAAGAGUAAACUCGAUAGUCUUCACGCAGUAGCUGUUGGUCUCAGCAGAUCAGAACUGGAUGAUGAGUCUAUGGAGUCUGUUGUCAACAACUUGGAUCAACUUGGUGCCAUACCAUGGGAUAAAACUCAGGUCAUCGAACUUGCCAAGAAAGUACGAGACAAAUGGGGUAACAUCAACGAGACCGAUAGCUCUGAAUCAGACACACCCAACUGGGGCUUCAUUAACUUGAAGAAACUAGGCCGCGUUGCCCUGGGCAUUGCUAAGGAAGAGCUUAGGGACCUCCCCAUCCGGGGUAUUGAAGAUGCCAUUGACGUAUUAGGACAACAAAAGGAAUGGGACCGAGGACAGGUGGCUAACGUCCUAAAACGUCUGCGAGAGUACUGGGAGAUGGAAGAGCUUAGUUUCUCUAACUUCACCGAACUGGACAUCAAUUCUCUGGGAUCGUUUGUCCAAGGCUUGACAGACCAGGAGCUCAAGAACCUUCCACAACGAGUUCUGCUGAUCGCUGUACGACGGCUUGGAGAGGAAACAGGGAUCCCACAAGACAAACUUAAGGCUAGGGCAUUUAUGGCGGUGGAAUUCUUCAAGAACCAAUCAGGAAUCGAUAUACUGAACUCCACCCACAUCCGGGACAUGGGAAACCUGGUAGCAGGGAUGAGUCGAGGUGCACUCAGCAAGAUAUCCCAAGAUGCAUUUGUAAAAAACCUCUACACCAUAGCGAGGUCCAAGGGGUUUGAUGAGCUGAAAGUCAGAGAGCUGGCAAAACUGGCCAAAAAACACUUUGUGCAGAGUGACGUAGGCAAGUGGACGGGCAAGCAGUGGCGUGACCUCGGCCCUGCUAUCGUAGGACUGACACCAAGUGAUCUACGUCGCAUCAGUAAAGAAGCGCUAGAGGAGGUCAUGGACGAGAUGAAUAAACUGGAGUUCAGCAAGGCUCAAGCCCAGGCUCUUGUUAGCGCGGCCAAGGAAGCCUACGGAAAGAGUGAUUUUCGUGAGUGGACUGGUGACCAGCUCCGACAGCUCGGUUCCUUAGCAAGGGGCCUGGAUAUAGAUGAUAUUUUGAGCACCAGUAAAGACGCGUUUGAGGAUGCCGUGGGAGUCUGGGGCAAGCAGCUUAACAUUGAUCGAGACAACCUCAAAGCCAUGGCAGCGAUGGCCAAACGGCACCUAGUUGGUAGCGAUGUUUCAAAAAUCACGGCCAUGCAUUUGAAGAGACUGGGAAGAGUUGUACUGGGGUUCGAGAGUUCUGAUCUGGAGAGGCUGAACAUUGAUAGUGCUGACGUCAUUGCUGCUCUUGGGAAGUGGAAGGGAUGGACAAAUGAACAGCUGGAGGCUUUGAAGCCAAAGAUCAAGAAGUUCCUCGCUGAUAACAGUGGUAAUAUUGACUAUUUGUACAUGAGUUUGGGAGAACUUGGUAAGGCGCUAAGUAAAGUUGAUAUAUCACAGAUACCCUCCAAGUCUUUCAAUUUAGCGGUGAAACAACUGGGGGAACUGGAAGGCUGGGACGACGAACAACUGAAAGGACUGAUGGACAAAGCAAAAAUGAGCUGGACAAAAGGAGCUGAAGAAUGGGACAAGGCACGUGUUAGUGAACUGGGAUACAUACAAAAGAGCCUGUCUACCGGAGAUAUUCCGAAACUCGAUCCUAAAGUCGUUGAUGCAAUUAAACCGGAGGUGCUUGGUUCAAUGAGUCUUAAACAACUUAAGUCUUUCACGGCAGAACAGUACCGAGCCAUGGAGACGUCCCAAGUUCAAGCUAUAAGUAGGUCUAAGUUCAGCAUGUUAACCGCUGAUCAGAAAGCUGCGAUCGAGGGCGUCAAAAGUGAUGACCCUAUUGAAGAAGAUCCUUGGGGACCAGAUUGUGCAGGUACUUGCUCCGGGGCUUCUCACGUGACUGUUAGCCUUCUGAGCAUGCUGGGAAUAUUUGUUGCUGCUGUCUACAUCAGUCACUAAUGACGUCACCCCUAAUGACGUAAGACCUUAGAACAUGGAUAUGACGUAAUUCGUCUUUAUGAUAGUGUAUCAUAAUUAUUAGGAAUCACUGCAUAUAUGAUUUUUAGAAGUUUUUUGCAUUGGCUCAAUUCCUGCGUGUAGAUUGCUAGCUCAUUAGCUGAAUCGCAAGUUUUUAUGAUAGAAUUCUCUCUGGUUGACAUCACAUUGUGGUCAGUAUUUCAUCCUCACUGCAUACUUAUUACCGAGUCACGGGAAUUAAGAUAUGGAAGGUGACCGCGACUGCUGGCAAUGAGCAUGCGAAAAGAAUGCGAUGCGUCGUCAACCGCCACCAGGGGAGGUGGGUGGGGUGAAUCUUCUACUCUCUCCUUUGGCAGCUUCCGACGGAAUGAUUCAAGGAUCUGGGUGUGGCGCUUAUAUAUGGAGGGGUCGCAAAGCAUUACACCUGCACUGCGCAAACUCCAAUGUCCAUAUAUGGGGGGUUGCUAAAUUCCUACGUGACACGCUUAUUAUGUAUGCAGUGAAAAUAGUGUUUGACCACCAUUUGGAGCAGAUAAUGAGAUUCAAAGACUUU